CCACGUAAACAAUCUGCUACUCCCCUGAUGCUACUGUCUUCGGCACAACACAGGAAGCAGGAAUAGCAUAAAAUGCACGUUUCUGCAGUUAGACAAAUGCAAAUCUGAGUUCCAACCAAGCGAGGAAUGCCUCUCCGAAGGUUUUCACUGUAAGAUGUCUAUGGUCCUGUUUGCCUCAGUCGUGCGGGUGAGGGAUGGCCUGCCCCUCUCUGCCUCUACUGACUAUGAACAGGACAAAGGGCUGCAAGAGACCAAGAAGCACCUCAAGGGCUUGUCCAAAAAACUCAGCCAGUUUCCUGACCGCUGCUGUCUUAAGACUGGCCAGUACAAUGUCAAUUUCACCAGCUCUCUGGGAGUGGGCUACAUGAUGAUAUGCACAGAAAACUAUCCCAAUGUCUUGGCAUUCUGUUUCCUGGAUGAGUUACAGAAAGAAUUCCUUGUCACAUACGACACCAAGCGCAUUAGCAGCGCUGUCAGGCCCUACUCCUUUAUUGAGUUUGACAACUUUAUACAGAAGACCAAGCAGCGUUACAACAGCCCACGUUCUUUGUCCACGAAGAUUAAUCUGUCUGAUAUGCAGACAGAGAUCAAGCUGCGCCCCCCAUACCAGCUCUCUCCUGAAGACCUAAGCUUGAUCAAUGGCUUUUCCCACAGCACUUCUUCCAAAUAUAAAGGCAUAGCUCCUAAUCAAACAUUGGAGCCUGUCACCUUGCCAGGCAUAGUGGCAUGUGUCCUAACCAUUCUGUGUGGUGCGCUAAAUUUACUACGUGGUGUCCAUGCCAUAGAAAGCAUAUUGCAGAACGAGGACGAAGACUUUAAUUAUGUAAUUGCCUUUUUCCUGGGAACGGCUGCCUGUCUAUAUCAGUGUUACUUAUUUGCAUACUUCACGGUGUGGAGGAACAUCAAGUCGUUCCUGGCCUUUGCUCUUAUCUGCCUGUGCAACAUGUACCUGUAUGAACUGCGCAACAUGUGGCAGAUCCUCUUCCACGUCACAGUCGGGGCUUUCAUCACUCUGCAGAUCCACCUAAGGCAGCUACAAGGCAAAGCUCCUGACUACAACGUCUGAAUACUUGUACACACACAAACAUACACACAAAACCUUCUUCAAACUGUCAUGCCUAGCACAGUCUACAGAAGACUAAAUGAUAAUGUAAGAUGUUGGCAUUGUGUUUUUGGACUAUGCGAGUCAAUGAUCAUUAAAAAAGACUUAAUGUAGAAACAACAGCUCAGGAUUCAAUAGCAGUUUAAUUACUCUGACAGUUAUCCUAUAAUGUGUUCACUGGUUUUGUGUUUUGUUGCAAUCCAAAAACGUCAACUGCAAAUAUCAGGCAUUAAUUUGCAUUUUUUUUAAUUGAUUUUUUUUUUUUUGUAAUAAAUGGUGUAAUUAUAGAUUAUACCAGAUAUGCAAGACUGUUUAGUGCAUGGUACAAAUGAAAUGUACCAAAACUGCCACAAUUUACAACACACAAGCAUAAAACCUGCAUACAUUGUUUCUCUAUUCAGACCUUUUUAAAUCAUUUGACUAAUUCAUACAGACACAGACACAGAACACACCUAACGAUGUUGUUCACUUAAUGUAUCUCGAGGCUGCUGUUAUCAAACCAUAUUACCCUAAAAGCACAUUCAGACCUGGUGUGUGUUAGGAGUAUGAUGUGUGAACUUGUCUCAGUAGACUCUGUGCUGCCUGCAGCUUUCUCUGGUUGCUGAUGGAUUCAGCUCACUUCUGGCUCUUUUAUGGCAGAGGAGAGGCCUGCUGAUAUACAGACUUCUGUUUACCACCAAAGGCUUUCAGUUCACUUUUAGCUCCCAGUGGGCACCAGCAAACAAAACCCUGACAACUGAAUGAAUACUUCCUGUUAUAUUUAUGUACCUGUAUGUCGAUUGUGCUAAAGAAAAGAAAAUGGGUGACAGAUGAUGUUUUUGAAUCUGUUCCAAGGGACAUUCAGUAAAUACUUCUGUUCAUUAUUA